GCUAAUUACCAACAGAAAAUGCAUUUUCAAACCGAUUUCUGGAUUAUUUUCAUUGUGGAGACAAGUUCCCGGUUUGCAGAGUAAAAUCAACUCCAGUAAGUGUAAAUUAUUGUUGUCAACGUCGGCAAGUUGUUGUUGAGAUCGGUGGAUGUUUUGCAGGGGUAGUCACUCCAGCUCAACAGACAGAUGAAGGUGGUAACUCUGUGUUUGUUAGUGGCUGCUGUGGCAGGGGGCGCUGAAGGGGUGUUGGCCCCCCCUGAGAGGCAAUACAAAAUCCUCUUACUUCUUCCCAUGUCCUUCAGGAGUCAUAGAACCAUCUUCAUGUCCCUUGCCGAGGCUCUGGCAGAACGUGGACACAAGGUAGUAAUGUUGACCAACCACCCAAAGUCAUCCAGUCAUCCGAACAUUGACGAGGUCACCCACGGCCUCGAAUACAUCAACGAUGAAAAUAUUAACAUGUUCAAUGAUAGGAAACAAGGAUACAAGAUUAUGAGGGAAAGUAUUGUACGCCUGGCCAGGGACCUGUAUGACGUGCCAGUUGUGAAGGAACUGUACCUGAGAAGGAAGGACUUUGAUCUGAUAGUAGUCAGCUCCUUGUUUAACGAAAUGGCUUAUCCUUUCGUGUACGAAAUUCCUUUUAUCGCUUUUCUCGCCAGAGAAGUAAACAGAAGAGAAACAGUUGUUCUGGGCAACGUCCUUAACCUAGCUUACGUCUGUUCCUUUGGUCAUCUGUGUACCGUCCCUAUGUCUGCCUGGCAGCGGUUCCUCAAUGUCGUUUCACAUAUACACGAGUUUUAUUAUGGCCAAAUCUUGGUUUUAUUGCCUAAACUGCAGAAAGAGAUCUCUGCCCAUUUUCCGGAUCUUCCGCCAUUACUUGAUCUAGAGAGGAAUAUGAGUAUGAUGUUCGUCAACACAUAUUUUUCUGUCGGUAUGCCAGUGCCUCUCCUGCCGUCACAGGUGGAGGUGGGUGCCAUCCACUGUCGCCCAGCCAACCCUCUGUCUCAGGAGCUGGAGUCGUGGAUCACUGGAGCGGGGUCACCUGGAGUCAUUUACUUCAGUCUGGGGUCCUUCACCAAGUUCACUAAUAUACCAGUCCAGUACCGCGACGUCUUCGUCCAGGCUUUCCGCAGGCUGCCGCAGCGAGUCAUCUGGAAAUACGAUGGUGACCUGGAAGACGUUCCUGACAACGUGAUGAUCAGAAAAUGGCUGCCUCAGCAGGAUAUUCUUGGUCACAACAACGUGAAGGUGUUCAUCUCACACUGUGGUCUCCUGAGCAUGCAAGAAGCCAUCUACCACGGCACGCCAGUCCUCGCUGUCCCACUCUUCGCUGACCAGCCUAGUAAUAGCCAUUUUCUGACCACCUCUGAACUAGGCCUCAGUUUGGUAUGGGAAGAACUCACUGCAGACAAGAUUGUUAAUGGACUCAACGAUAUUAUCAACGAUCCAAAGUAUCAGGAAAACGUGUUGAGGAUGUCAAUGCAGCUGCGGGAUACACUUAUGACUCCCAGGGAACUGGCAGUGUUCUGGACGGAGUACGUCAUCCGUCACAGAGGUGCUCCCCAGUUGAGGUCACCAGCGGCACAGCUCUCCUGGGUGGAGUUCCUCAUGCUGGACGUGAUCUUCCUCCUCUACCUGGUUAUCUUCGUCCUCUGUCUGCAUUACGGCGAAUCCUGAAGGUCGUUUCGGCUAAAGUCUCCGGUAGUGUUGGAAUUAAGAAGAAAUAUUAGAGGAUUUCUCGGGUCCUCCCAGUGGCCCGGGGUCCUCCCAUUGGCCCGGGGUCCUCCCAGUGGCUCGGGUCCUCCCAGUGGCUCGAGGUCCUCCCAGUGGCCCGGGGUCCUCCCAGUGGCCCGGGGUCCUCCCAUUGGCGUGCAGUCUGUUGAUGCCCGGGGCCAACGCCUCGAUUGUAUGCCCCAAAUCACUAUCUUAUUUCCCUCUAAUUAGAUGCCCCCCCCAUUUGGAUGCCCUGGUCCACCGUCCCUUCGCCCCCCUUCACCCCCCCCCCUUCGCCUCCCCCUCUGCAUGCCACUGGUCCUCCAGAACUAAAGACAAAAAUCACAGUUCGUGUCGAGAAGAAUAUUGAGGUGAACGCAUGGCAAGACAUGUCAGUAAAUAUUUAAUAAAACUACCUAACAAACAACUAUGAUCGACACUUAUUAAACAAGACUUUAUCAACACUUUACUUGUAGUAAAAUACUUGUGUAGCGUUUAGUCUUUUAUCUUUAUUAAUAAAUUAAGAUGCACGAAACCGUGGCUAGAAAAUACACAAACCUGAAUGUGAAAGAAUUUUAUAACGACGUUUCGGUCCGAAUUGGACCAUUAACUGUGUGAUUAGUUAAUAGUUGGAUCGAAACCUGGUCAUAAGUUAAUUACUUACAAGUGUUUUAUAUACACUAUCUAAUACUAUAUAAAUUUAGUCUAACUAGA